AUGAGAUCCCUGAAACACCUAAAACAUCACUCCAGGAACAAUGUGGAGGAGGAGAGUGGCCGCCUGGUGCGGACUUUCCCGAAGAUGACUGAGGGCCAAGUGGAUGUGGGCACACAGACAGAGCCUGUGGUGGUGCUGUCUCUGGCUCAGGCUGCUGUUCUGGGUCUCAUCUCCCAGAAUGAAAUCUUUGGUGCCACCAUUGCUCCCAAUGGCUUUUACAUGGGAGAGCCCAGGGAGUGUCCCCCACCUCCACCCGAGGCCAUGGAGUAUGAGUACGCUGACCAGCUGAUAGGGGCCAACGGGGACUACCUGGCUGAUCCUGCAGGGGAACCGGAGGCCCAACCACACUGCAGCGAAAGGAGGCGGCCCGGGCCCCGUGGGAGAACCAAGAGGCCCAGAAGUGAUGGAGCACUGGAAGAUCGCCCACACAAAAUAUCGAGUCCACAUGCACAGGUUAAAGGUGAAUGUCUUGAGUCUGACACACCUCCUUCCUGCAUUCACAUGAAUGGCAGGCAUAGCCCAGGCAAGCCAGAGGAUCCAGCCAUCCAACAUGGCUCACUGAAAGAGGAGCAGGCUUGCGGGAGCUGUCCUGUGUGUGUUAGAGAUACAUCCAACCAGCAGACAGAUGGACAGCCAGAACAAGAACAGGAAGAAAGUGCAGGUAGGGAAAGAGAGGGAAAAGAAGAAGAGCUGGUCGUGGAAGAAGAGGAGGAGGAAGCAUUAAACCUCAAGACUAGUGGAGACACUGGAAGCCCCCUGAUGAACCGCUACUAUGAGUCCAGCGAGGUGGCCUAUGAAUCUGCUGAUAUGGCCAUGCCUGGGGAGUACGAAGAGAGUAGCCAGGCCAUGCUGUGGUCAGACCCAGAGGGCCUUGCCAGGCGCAUGCAGAUCGACCGGCUGGACAUCAACGUCCAGAUUGAUGAGUCCUACUGCGUGGAUGUGGGGGAGGGCCUGAAGCGCUGGAAGUGCCGCAUGUGUGAGAAAUCCUACACCUCCAAAUAUAACCUUGUCACUCAUAUCCUGGGCCAUAAUGGCAUUAAGCCCCAUGAAUGCCUACACUGUGGUAAGCUCUUCAAGCAACCCAGCCACCUCCAGACCCACCUGCUCACCCACCAGGGCACCCGGCCCCACAAGUGCACCGUGUGUGAAAAGGCUUUCACCCAGACCAGCCACCUGAAGAGGCACAUGCUGCAGCACUCAGACGUCAAGCCCUACAGCUGUCGCUUCUGCGGACGUGGCUUUGCCUACCCUAGCGAGCUGCGGACCCACGAGAACAAGCACGAGAACGGUCAGUGCCAUGUCUGCUCCCAGUGUGGCAUGGAGUUCCCAACCUAUGCGCACCUCAAGCGUCACCUGACCAGCCACCAGGGCCCCACCACCUACCAGUGCACAGAGUGCCACAAGUCUUUUGCUUAUCGCAGCCAGCUGCAGAACCACCUAAUGAAGCACCAGAAUGUGCGGCCCUACGUCUGCCCCGAGUGUGGCAUGGAGUUUGUCCAGAUCCACCACCUCCGACAGCACGCCCUCACUCACAAGGUACUGGCAGCGCACGCCCUCGCACUUAAGGGUAUGAAAGAAUUCAAGUGUGAUGUUUGUGCCAGAGAGUUCACUCUGUCUGCCAACCUGAAGAGACACAUGUUGAUCCAUGCCAGUGUGAGGCCCUUCCAGUGCCAUGUCUGCUUCAAGACCUUUGUCCAGAAACAGACCCUCAAAACCCACAUGAUUGUCCACCUGCCGGUCAAGCCUUUCAAAUGCAAGGUAUGUGGCAAGUCGUUUAACAGAAUGUACAACCUCCUCGGUCACAUGCAUCUCCAUGCUGGCAGCAAGCCCUUCAAGUGUCCUUACUGCACCAGCAAGUUCAACCUGAAGGGCAACCUCAGCCGACACAUGAAGGUCAAACACGGCAUCCUGGAUGCAUCGCUGGAAGGACAAGAAGCCCCCCAAGACAUAGAGAGCCAGGAGGACUAUGAGGAGGAGAGCUUUGAAUUCAGCGAGAGAGAAAACCGAGCGAACAACAACACCCCUGAUAUUGCUAAAAUAUCUGAAAUCGAGUACUAUAGCAGCUAUGGGAAGGGCACAGGGCGCUAUAACACUGCAUGAAUUAUUAAAAUGACCCCAAAUUGGGUAGAAGUGUUAACUAAUAAAAUGGGAUUAUGUUUUUUUUUCUGUUAAAAGCAUAACACUUGGGUUGUCCUUCACAGGCAUGAGGUAACCCAACAAAAUCUGCACAUUCAUAUGCACUGGAAUCUCUCCUCAUGCUCUAAUAGUUGGAAAUGUAUACUGCCUACUUAAUUCCAUACUUUUCAGUGCUAAAAUACUGCAAAUCUACUGAAACAAUGUAGUAUUUGGAACACGUGGACUGUCUGAAGUAAAAGGAUUUAUUUUUAGCUGAGAAAAAGAUUAGAUUGUCAGUUGAUUAACAAUAGGACUAUCCUCUGAGCCUAAAUUGUAAAGCACAUUGUUUUUUUUUUUAAGCUAAAACAAGCAUAAAAGCAUAUGGUAAUGUUACAAUGCACUUACUCAUCCAGACAAUCCCAGUCUCUUUCAAGUGAGUCUGUUGGGGUACACUGAUGUGUAGGGUGAACAAGUCUUAAUAUUAAUUUCACUUGCCAAAGCUUAUCAAGUUGCAGAGGUUAAUGAAUUUCCUCACUUUGAUUUAUACUGUGAUAAGUUAAAAUUGAAGUCUGUAAAAUUACUUUGACAGGAUUUGCAAUCUAAGUUGUAUUGUAUUUUACUGUACAGAAUGUAUCAGUCAUCCAGUAUGCUGGCUGGUACUGUGAUCAGUGCAUUGCACUGAGGGCCACUGUGUGUGACCAGUCUGGUUUUAGGUUCCUGUAUUAACAAGCAUCAUCCUGCAUUGAUCCUAGUCUAUGAAUGUAAUUGUUGCUGUGGAAUGUUUAAGACGCUAAUAAAAAGAAAAUCAAAAUACCCUUUUAAUAGCAGACCCCCCCUCACCAAAGAAUUGGAUCUAAUUUUUUACAAAUCUUGCAGCUGAGGGCAGCCACAGUCUCUUUCCCUUUACAGUUGUAUUGAGCUGGGACAUUGGAUUUUGUGGGGGCCCAAUGGCAAACCUCAAUUACGUUUAGGUUCCCGUUCCCAGUCAUCUGUAGAUUUCUUCAAAAGAUUAUCAGAGAGCAAUCUGUGGUACUGUUCUCUUUAAGAAACUUCACUAUUUCCCCAUCCAGGCCUUCAUGGGACAGACUGCAACAUUUUUCAAAAGCGAUGCAAACCCUGCAUUCUUAUUGCAGUUCUGGUUUUCAUGGAUGAAUUUCAACAAGAAUUGUCCCAAAAACUUGGACAGAAAUAUUAAGUGCCCCUGUGUGUCUGCAAGAGCAUGCCAUCCAUCAUGCUGUACACUGGUCUAAAGUGAUGAACGACAACCUCCCAACAUGUGACAGGGCCAUGGACCUCGUGGAAAAUGAUUUGGGAAAUGCUCAAUAUAUUCAGUUUCCCAGUGCUUAGCUUUUCAAACAUAUAACCUGCAAACAAGGUAUCAAUUCUCAAUGUUGAUAUAGUGCAUUUAAAAUAAAAUGCUACUUUUUGUGAUUUUUUGAGCUUCUGUGUUCAUUCCAUCAGUUUUAGUGAUGAAAUAAAGGGGAACUACAAAAUGUUCAACUUAAAUGGCUUUCUGUAUUGUUAGACAUUAGUGUGGAGAUAAUGUGGAUAGAAAUGUAUGUAUAAUGUUGUGUA